AAAGCCAUGGGUCAUGGCAAGCGCGACUCCCAGUGAGAGUGUGGAUAGUGAGCUACGCUGCUCCAUCUGCCUGGGCACGUUUGUCUGCCCCUCCACGCUGAGUUGUGGACACUCGUUCUGCCUCCGGUGCCUGGAGGCCACCUGGGAGACGGCGAGCAGCUUCAGCUGCCUGCAGUGCCGAGCGACCUUCCCUGUGCGACCCCAGCUGAAGAAGAACGUGGCCCUCGACAACCUGGCGGAGCAGCUCAGAGUUAGAGACGGGAUGGCCACGGCCGUCUUGUGUGACAACUGCGGUGACGACCAGACUCCUGCAGUGAAGACCUGCCUGAGAUGUGAGAUGUCCUUCUGUGCGACACACUUGAGGCCUCACUUGGAGAACCCCAGGUUGAGUGACCACGUCCUGGUGGCUCCCAUUGCGAACCUGGAGGAGCGACGGUGCCGGGAGCACAGUGAGGAGCUGAAAUUCUACUGCACAGUAGACAGCAGCCUGGUCUGCUCAACUUGCACAAUCGCAGGUGAACACACAGGACACAAGGUCCUGACGCUGAAGAAAGAGCACGAGACACGGAAGACGCGCGUAGGGGAGGAGACGCGAGCGGUGGAGGAGAAGAGGAAGGAGGCGGAGGAGUCCGUGAAGCGGAUGGAGGUCGCUCGCAAGGAGGCGCAGGAAUCAUUGGCCGGGAUUAGGGGUCGCAUCACGGUCAAGUUCGCCCGUCUAAGGAAGGCUCUGGACGAGGACGAGAAGGAGGCUCUACGUUGCUUGGCUGUGAAGGAGCGCGAGCUGCUGUCCCGGAUCGACGAGGACAUCACUCGUCACAAGCGGGAGAUCGGCGAGCUCCAGGCGGCGGCCGCUCGCCUGCGUGCUCUGCAACACGAGAGGGACUCGCUCGCCUUCCUGCAGGGGCACCUGGAGGAGAUGCACAGGAGAGAGAUCCCAAAGGAAUCUGCACCCCCACCUCCCACUUCACUGGACACCACCACGAUCUGCUCCCUUGAAAAGGUCAUGCGCAGACUCCUCCCUCUCGUCUAUGGACGCUCACCAACUCUGGACACAAACUCAGCUGGCGACCGCCUCCAGAUUUCCUCGGAUCUCAGGACGGUGACGUGGAGCGGUGUCCCCCAGGGUCGCCCCCAUCACCCACACCGCUUUGAGUGGUGGCCACAAGCCCUGUGCUCUGAUAGCUUCUCGUCGGGUCAGCACUACUGGGAGGUGGACGUGGGGCGUGCGCGGUGGGGGUAUCGGGUUGGAGUCGCAUACGGGACGAUCCCACGGAGAGGGCGUGGUAAUGAGUGCGGCCUGGGAGGGAAUGACGUCUCCUGGUGUCUACAAAAACGUAGCGACAGCUUCUCAGUGUGGCAUGGCGGGGUAGAGACCUCACUGUCGGUGCCGGAGCCUCCGCGAAGGGUCGGGGUUCAUCUGGACUGGGACGCGGGGCUGCUGUUGUUUUGCAGCGCCGACUCCAUGGUGCCAUUGCACUCGUUUCACCAAACCUUCACUCAGUGCCUACAUCCUGGCCUGGCAGUGUGGUGGGGGUGGGGUGAUGUUGGUGAGUCAGUGAGGAUUGUGGAUCUGAGUGGUGCGUCCUGAGAGAGGUGAACAUGAACAGCGCAGAGGGCAGACGCCACGACGCACGCCGCUAACCACCCUCGUCACCGUCACGCACAGGGCCACGCCUUUCACUGGCUGGUGGCUGUCGGUGGCUAGGGGCUGUGUGGCUCUCCAUCACAACGGGGGGGCUGAGCGUAAACAAUCCGCACAGCCUUCAUUAGGGGGGGUGAUAAAAUCGGUACCGCUCUGUGUGUGUGAAGCCAACGUGGAUGUAUUCUCCCUGCCAGAGGAGUGUGACUGUAGUGUAGAAGUGCAGUGAUUCGCAAUGGUGAACUGGGAUGUGUUUAUACACUGGUGGUGUCGUGAAUUGUGGGAGAGAUAAAACAACAAUAUUAAUAAUAAUAAAAAGUAUAAAUGUACGCGUA